AUUGCAGGUAGGACAUGGUUGUCCUCGCCAUUUUUAAAAGGAGUUCAGUCGCUAAUCAACCGCGGUGAGGUGCACUUAGGUACGCGCGGUGGUUGUCACAUCGCAGUUGCGACUUUUUUUGUGCGUCGAAGUCUCGACAUACGAGGCAAUUCACGAUGACGACAAUGUAAAAGAGAUUAUACUCUUCGUUAAGUGUCCAAUAAAAGUGUUAUUAGAAGUGUUUCGAAGUAGACAUCGACGCAAGAAACAUGUCCAGUGCACCGCAAAUGUCCAGUGGGCUUAGUAAGCUCAAAAAGAAACAUUUCCGAGUCAAACAUCAGAAGGUUAAGCUGUUUCGUGCGAACGAACCUCUUCUCAGUGUUUUUAUGUGGGGUGUCAAUCACACGAUAAAUGAGCUUAGUCACGUUAAUAUACCAGUAAUGCUCCUGCCAGACGAUUUCAGAGCUUACAGCAAGUUAAAAGUGGAUAAUCAUCUCUUUAACAAAGAAAAUAUGCCAUCUCAUUUUAAGAUCAAAGAGUAUUGCCCAUUAGUAUUCAGAAAUUUACGAGAAAGAUUUGGAAUAGAUGAUUUUGACUACAAGGAAUCAAUGACAAGAUCGCAACCAAUAUUAGAUGACUCUUCUGGGAAAAGUGGUGCAAAGUUUUACCAAUCUUAUGAUAAACUGUUUAUUAUUAAAACUCUUACGAGCGAAGAGGUAGAAAGAAUGCAUUUAUUUUUGAAACAGUAUCAUCCGUAUAUUGUAGAAAGACACGGGAAAACUUUGUUACCUCAAUAUCUUGGCAUGUAUCGUUUGACAGUAGAUGGAGUUGAACAUUAUGUUGUUGCUAUAAGAAAUGUAUUUUCAAAUCAUUUGACAACUCAUAAGAAAUUUGAUUUAAAAGGCUCAACAGUAGAUCGUGAAGCAUCUGACAAAGAAAAAGAAAAAGAGCUACCUACUUACAAGGAUAAUGAUUUUGUUAAGGAGGGAAUGAAAAUUUAUAUUGGUGAAGAAGCAAAAGCUAAACUUAUAGAAACAUUAACUGCUGAUGUUGAUUUCCUAACUCGACUGCACUUGAUGGAUUAUUCCUUAUUACUUGGAUUACAUGAUUGUGCGCGAGCUGAACAGGAAAAUAGAGAACGUGCUGAAAGAGAGGAAGAGGAGGAUAAUCAUGAAGAUGAAGAUGAUAGCGAAUCUGGAAGUGGACUUGAUUCACGGGGUCCAAUGGGGGAUCGUUUAUAUAGUUGGUGCGGUGUCGGUGGUAUGGCAACGCCUCCUGAAUCACCGCACGCUGCGUUGAUGCGCGAUACAAGUUUGCAGUAUGAAGAUGCAAUAAUUCCUGAAUUAGAUAUUUAUGCAAUUCCCAGUAAAGAAGGUGCACCUACAAAAGAAAUUUAUUUUUUAGCUAUAAUUGAUGUGCUAACUCAUUAUGGUGUACGUAAACAAGCAGCAAAGGCAGCUAAAACAGUGAAAUAUGGUGCUAACGUUGAUGGUAUAUCAACCUGUGAUCCAGAACAAUAUGGCAAGCGAUUUAUAGAAUUCAUGAGCAAAGCUAUAGAAUAAACCGUUAUUUGUUGUUGUUAAGCUUGUAAAUUUGGACCGCCCGUUCGAAAGUCGUGAUACAAUAUUGUCGCUUUUAUUACGGUUGCGUUUAGUGCAUUGAAUGUUUCUUCUGUGCACUUUGAUGUUUAACUACAAAGAAUUUUACUUGAUACGUUAGUACUGUUCUAUUGCGUAUCUCAGUAUUUCUUAUGACAUUUACAUUGGAGUUAGAUGCGUUGCGAGUGGUGAAAAUUUUACAAAUUGCCACCUUGAAGAAAUUGGUAAAGAAUUUCUUUUUAAAGGAAUGUUCAUUAACGUUUAUAACAAGUGACAUAUUUUCUCAGUAUUCACUUACAAUUUUUAUGUAAACAUAAUUGUUAAACACUGUGGUUUUUGUAGCGUUCUCUGUGUUUUAGUAUCUUGAUCUGUACUUUCAAAACACGAAACUGUAAUUUACGUGCAUUAUGUGUACAGACAGAAAUAUGUGAAGGUUUUAUGAGAUAUCAGAAGGAUUUAUUUUAUAUAUUAUUUGUUCCGUAAAGUGAUACUCGAUAUUCUACUUGUGGGUAUACAUCAUAUACAUAUUAGCUAAUAUGUCUAUUAAUUUGCUGUAUUAAACUCGGCAUACAAGUAACAUUAAAGAAACUACAUCGUCGUACUAUGUCGUACGUUUGUUGUUGGUACACAUAAUGUGCUUCGGAAACCACGUUAAUUACUGUCAUUUGACAGUAAAUAAUAUCUAGUAUACUAGUUUACUGGGAAAUAUUAAAAUUAAUGUUGAUGUUACAUAUGAUAAUCUCAAGCGAGACGCAGUCUGAGUGUUUCGUUAAUGAAGCCUACAUCUAUCGUAAAAACUCUCUCUCUGACUUCGUUAAAGCAUACUAUGAUGCUUCUACUGUCUGUGGUAUUAUCUGGAAUGUUUAAAUAUUCGAAUUAGAACGUAACUGCUAUUACGAUGAGAAUUCUCAUUUUGGUAGGUUUAAACAGAGGAGAAAAAUAAUAUAUAUUAUACCUGCAAGAGGUACCAUAUAAUAAGAGCUUCAAACUUAAAAAAUUACGAGUGAACGUUAAAGUCUGUAAAUGUCAGCUCCUCGGUCAUUUCAGUUACCGCGAGUCGGUGUUUAGAUCAUCGAUUCGCUUAGUUCGUGAAGUAUAUUUGCAGGGAACAAAGCGAGUCGUAUGUAUUAUGCACGAUUCAUGUCUCCUUUAAUUCAUAAAGUGCUCAAAGUUAGCCAAUGUUCUUUGAUUAUAGAAUUUAAGAAAAAAAAUAGGUAUAUCCUUCGGCACAUUGAGAAUGGGAUGUUUUGUUCAAUAUUUGGAAAGAUGCUAUUAAAAAUAUUGGUCAUAUUGUUCUUAAUGUAAAAAUAAACGGGCACUAGUAGUACGUUGACUUUUGAUACGUGAAUGUUUGUAGCAGUAUGUGAAAUCUUGAACGGUAUUUGAUUCUCAGUGUGUCAAGAUUUUGGCGCAAUUAGUUGCACAAGAACUCGCUUAACAAUUUCGAUGCAGGACAAUUUAACAUAGCUUGAAUUUUUUAUUCCACAAACUUGUAUUGCAACAACUAGCUUCUAACGAACAAUAUUCUAAGAUCAUAUACUGUUUUUACUAUGGGAAGGAAAAGAGGGAGAAUGCAUCGUUGCAUAACACUUUAUCUUUAAAUAAUCUAAUAAUCGAUUUUUUAUAAUUUGUUAAAACUGAUUAUAAUAUAACGACUAAUUACUUUACUAAUUAAGAUAUUCAUCUAGUCUCGAUACUUUGUAUGAUUUUAUACGUUGCUAACACAUUGGAAAGAUAAUAAGAGAAAAUGAAAAUCUAAUGCAUAUUGCCGAUGAUGCUGUACUAUAAAAUAACAUUAAUAAUUGCAAAAAUCGCUCAAUUUCUGUAAUGUCAUAGUUUCUAUACGAUAAAAUGUAAUUUGUUCAGUAAACUGCAACUUACUGUGAUGCGGUAGUACAUUUUUCAAAUAUGUUUUUUACUACCGUAUUAAUUAUUACUUGCAACUAUUCACACGUUUAAAUUUUGUUGAAUUAGCAAGUUUGAAAUAAUAUAGAUUUACAAGGUGUUUGAAUGGACUACCGAAAAAUUCCAUGAUUUUAGAUUUUUAUAAUUUGCUCCGUGUAGAAACGAUGUAUAUAUUCAUUACUUUGCUGUUGGCAAUAUAUAUCCAGGCUUCUGUCGUCCUAACGUUUGUAUUAUUCACAGAGUCUGUGUUGUAUAAGCCACGGGAAAUAGAUGGACAUUUAACAUAUUACGGAAUUAUAAAUAAAAAAGAUAUUUGAAAGGAA